AUGUUCCAUGUUUCUUUUAGGUACAUCUUUGGAAUUCCUCCCCUGAUCCUUGUUCUGUUACCAGUAGCGUCAUCUGAUUGUGAAAUUAAAGGUAAAGACGGCCAAGAUUAUAAGAAUAUUCUAAGAGUCAGCUUCGAUUACUUGAACAACGUGACACACAAUGGUAGCAAUUGCCUGAAUAAUGAAUCUAAUUUUUUUAAAAAACACUCAUGUGAUGAUAAUAAGGAAGCUAUGUUUUUAUUCCGUGCUGCUCGAAAGUUGAAGCUAUUUGUUAGAAAGAAUAUCACUGAGGAUUUCGAUCUUCAUUUAUUAAAAAUUUCACAAGGCACGAUUAAACUGUUGAACUGCACCAAUAAGGUGAAAGACAGAAAAUCAUCUUCCCAUGGUGAAGGCCAGCCCACUAGGAAUUUGGUGAGAGAAGAGAAUAAACAGAAGUGUCUCCUAAUUACACUACUAGACAAGAUACAAACUUGUUGGAAUAAAGUUUUUGCGGAACAAAAAGGACACUGA